AUGUCGUUCAAUCAGAUAAAUCCAAGGAAGCAGGGCUUUCAGAUCCACACGUUGUUCCUCAGGCAUACGAGCAAAAAAGCUGGCCCUCCAGGACCUGCUGGGCCCCAAGGCCCUCCUGGGCCACCUGGGCCCCAAGGCCCCCCUGGAAUUCCAGGUAUCCCUGGCAUUCCAGGUACCACAGUGAUGGGCCCUCCGGGACCUCCGGGACCUCCAGGACCCCAGGGACCCCCUGGGUUACAAGGUCCUACCGGUACAGCAGAAAGAGCAGGGCCUCGGGAUUCACAGCCAGCAGUAGUUCACCUUCAAGGACAGGGCUCGGCUAUCCAAGUCAAGAAUGGUGGAGUCCUUAAUGACUGGUCUCGCAUAACAAUGAACCCGAGAGUGUUUAAGCUGCACACCCGGAGUGGCGAGCUGGAGGUACUGGCAGACGGCACGUACUUCGUCUAUAGUCAGGUAUAUUACAUAAACUUCACAGAUUUUGCCAGCUUCGAGGUGGUGGUGGAUGAAAAGCCUUUUCUGCAGUGCACUCGGAGUAUUGAGACCGGAAAGACCAACUUCAACACCUGCUACACAGCUGGGGUUUGUCUCCUCAAAGCUCGGCAGAAGAUUGCUGUUAAAAUGGUCCACGCUGACAUCUCCAUCAACAUGAGCAAGCACACCACCUUCUUUGGGGCCAUACGGCUAGGGGAUGGGCCCUCUUCUUAAGGACCUUGGGACCUCAGGCGGGGGCUU